AUACACAUUCACAAUUUCUCUCUUGGGUACACAAAAUCUGUUAACCAGCUUAACCUUGCCAUUUUUGCAGCCUUUCACCUUCAUAAAAAUACUCCACAAAGUAUGAAGUUUUAUCUUAUGAACCUUCUGGUUUUGUUAGUUUUCCUAACAUAUAAAGCUCAAGGUGUAAGGCUGGGAAAACUUGCUUUAUCAUCUACAAACCAUCAAGACAUCUUUAAGAUUUCAUUAGUAAAAGGAAGCAUUGAAGAUGAUCAAUUGCUGGCAAAGAGUGCUCAAUUUUCAUCAGGAAUAAAUAGAAAGCUUAUGACAAAAUCGACAUCUUCUAGUAAUGGCGCCACGAUUUCGGAGAAUCAGAAGGAUAAACAUGAUCUUAAACCCGAGGCUAAACACUGGAAGAAGGAUGUCAUCACUGAUCAGCAAUACCCGGAAAACAUAGCCGAUAUGGAUUAUACUCCAGCUAGGAAAAAGUCUCCGAUACACAACUGAGUUUGAAACAAAUUAUAAGAGUAAAUACUCAAAGCAUAUGACAGUUAGUUUUGGAAAAUAGAUUGGAAUGGCUAUAAACGUUUAAAAAAUAUUGAAAAAAUGUUAAAUGUAUUAUAGGGUUAAGGAAGAUAUAUGAUUCUGUACACAAGGACUACAUCUUAGUUAGAUCACUUUGUUAGAGAUGAUGAUUUUGAUAA